UUUUAGUUUUCAAUCAUGGUUCAGUUAUCGCGUAGUACAAAAUUUACCUGCAUUUGCUUUGCCAUCUAUUUGUCGUAUGCUGUGUUCAUAUUCCUGCUGUUGCCCAUGCUGAUGCCCGAUCCGGUGACACUACAACGGUCGAUGCUCGCCUACAAGACCCGCCACCUGGGCAACUUGACCAAAUACACGCUGGAGACAGGCGGUGAGCCUGUGCGCUCGCUGCUGGUCACAUUCCGGGGCUCGGGGGCCCUGAAGCUGCUGGAUAACUUGUCCUUUCAGCCGGGCUGCUAUCAGCACUAUGCCCCACUGAUUGCCUAUCAGAACCGUUUGAAUGCGGAGCAGAGGAAUAAGGAGGCGCUGGAGGAGAUGGUGGCGUUGUACAAUUGCGACUACAACAAGUCGGCGCCGAUGCUCAGCUGGGGCCUGCAAUCGUCCACCUUCCGACGCUUUUAUGGCGUGCAGUGGAAGAACAGUCUGAUUUAUCCGAGCGAGGUCUGCUGGGACCCGAAAGUCAUGUCGGAUAUCUGCAAAAUCUAUCCGUUCCUCAAUAUGGCCGUGUACAAUCUGAGGCUCGAGUAUCUGAGUACCCUGCUGGAGCGAGAGGAUCUCAACAUAAAGAUUAUGUUGCUGAUACGCGAUCCCCGCGGCACGAUGCACACACGUGCCAACAGCGCUUGGUGUGCCAACAGUCCAGACUGUAUGCCGGCGAGUCUGUGCAGUGAUAUGGUCAGUGAUUAUAACACCGCACUGCGUCUAUUGAAACAAUAUCCGCAGCGCUUCGGAGUCAUACGAUACGAAGACCUGGUCCAUGAUCCCGAAGAGAUCAUGCUGAAUGUUUUCAACUUUUACGGUCUGCCCAUGAAGCGGUCCAAAGAGGUUAGCCGCGGUGUCCAUCCACGCAUUGCUCACCGUGAGGGCGAUGGCUGGGAGUUUCCCUGGAGGCAUGCAAAUGAACCGGCCUACGAUUGGAUGUACAAAAUGAAGGUCGAGGAUGUGAAAAACAUUCAGAGUGUCUGCAAGCAAGCAAUGAAUGUGUGGGGCUAUCGUAUCAUCAAAGACUUUGAAGGCUUCUUACCCGAGGCCUUUGAGCCGUUGACCGCCAAGAAUUGAAUUUCAAAUUCGAAAUUUAUGCGCCAACACUUGACCCAAAAGUGUUAUCGUGCUAAUCAGAUGUUGUACCACCAUUUUCGAAUAGGAAUAUGUAUUUGCAUUUAUGGGAAGAGAUAAAACUGUAAAACAGAAAUUAUCCUUAAAAGUAA